AGUGUGGGGUCCCUAUCAUAGGCUCUCCUUACAGGUGCGCUUGGACCACCGUGCGUAAUAGUGAGCAACAAGAAAUGCGCAUAUACUCCACGAAUGCAUGAUGUAAGCAUCACAGAGAAAAGUGCGUGACUACAACUGGUCAUCUAUGCAUCCUAUUUAGUAAAACCGUGGAACUGGGGCACACAUUCACUUCAACAGCGGACCAACAAGCUGAUGUGAUCGGCACCACAUACACGGUAAUAAAAACGACGUUUCGGCGCCAACCUCGGAUCACUCGAGCUACAGGAGCCUUUGAAUCUGAAAUGCAGCGUUUACCUGGCAGAUGUGGACGACCACCGCUGCAGCCUACAGGUUUUGUCUAGGUCCUGUGGAUCUAGUGUCAUUUAGUCUUGAGGGACAAACUAGGGAGAGAAGAACGCCUCUUCCAUCUCCACUGCGAUUUAACCCACACUGUCACAAUGCCUUUUUGACACCAGUAUGAGUUGACUGAGGACUACAACUGUUAGAAGCUGACAGAAGCUUUUUGUUCGCUGUUACUGACAAAACAUGUUUCUCAGUGAGAGCUGAUUGAAGCUGCAGUGGUGUAGUAGGCCAGGACUAAACUAGCAGCUGAAGCGCAGACACCACGCACAACAGAGAAGAUGGCUCGUCCGGGAUCAGGGCUCAACGGGCUGGGAUAUCCCCCUCAGAAUCUGGCCCGUGUGGUGGUCUGGGAAUGGCUGAAUGAACAUGGGCGCUGGAGACCGUACAGUGCUGCUGUGUGUCACCACAUUGAGAACGUUUUAAAGGGGGACGCCAGAGGGACAGUGGUGCUGGGACAGGUGGAUGCACAGCUCUCCCCUUACAUCAUAGACCUACAGUCCAUGCACCAGUUUCGACAAGACACAGGCACCAUGAGGCCAGUGCAGAGGAACUUCUAUGAGCCUUCAUCAGCUCCGGGGAAAGGUGUAGUGUGGGAAUGGGAGAACGACAACGGUUCAUGGACGCCAUACGACAUGGAGAUCUGCGUCACCAUCCAAAAUGCCUAUGAGAAGCAGCAUCCCUGGCUAGACCUCACCUCUCUGGGCUUCUGCUACCUCAUUGACUUCAACAGCAUGGCUCAAACCAACCGCCAGAGCCAACGCAAACGCAGACUACGCAGACGUAUGGAUUUGGCAUACCCUCUCAUCAUGGGAUCUAUACCCAAAUCUCAAUCCUGGCCCGUGGGUGCGAGCUCUGGUCAGCCCUGUUCAUGUCAACAAUGUAUUCUGGUCAACAGUACACGAGCAGCUUCCAAUGCAAUCCUUGCUUCUCAAAGACGAAAAUUGUACGGGCAAGGAGGGAAUGCAGGCGCUACAGGGACAACCGUGCGGCAAAGCAACACAUUCGCUGGGACUUCUCUCUGGUCAUCAACAACCAACUCCUCAGGCACAAAUGACAAUAACAUUAGUGUAGGGGGAGGACAAGCCAAAGCUGAACAGGUGCAAGUGCCACUGUCCAAAGCCAACUUCCCCUGCUCCCCUGUGAUGCCCUCGCUCUCAUCGCACGGCCACCACGCACUCACCAUCAACGGGCAGAACAACCUGAACCGGCCAGGCACCCAGCGGAUUUCCAUGGGUACAGCCAGAGGAUCCAUCCCUCCGGGUGUUCCUGCUCUCCCGGUGAAGAAUCUCACCGGAUCCGGACCAGUACAUCCAGCACUCGCAGGUAUGACAGGUAUCCUGAUGUGCGCUGCAGGUUUACCCGUUUGUCUGACGAGAGCCCCCAAGCCCAUCCUACACCCACCUCCCAUUAACAAGAGCGACCUAAAGCCUGUCCCGGGGAUCAACGGCAUGCGGCGCAAAACCAAAAAGAAGCACCUGAGGAGAGGAAAAAAUCCUGAGGAUGUUGUGAGACGAUAUACAGACAAGAUUAAAGUCGCACCAGAUGAAGACUGUACCAUCUGUAUGGAGAGGCUGUCCAUGGCGUCGGGAUAUGAGGGCGUCCUGCAGCACAGAGGCAUCAAGCCAGAGCUGGUGGGCAAACUUGGCAAGUGUGGUCACAUGUACCAUCUGCUGUGCCUGGUGGCCAUGUACAACAAUGGCAAUAAGGAUGGCAGUCUGCAGUGCCCCACAUGUAAAACCAUUUAUGGGGAAAAAACGGGAACGCAGCCUCCUGGGAAGAUGGAGUACCAUGUGAUCCCCCACUGUCUCCCUGGAUACCCAGACUCCAAAACCAUCCGCAUCGUCUAUGACAUUCCUGCUGGCAUCCAGACCAAUGAGCAUCCCAACCCUGGAAAGAAGUUCAGUGCAAGAGGCUUUCCGCGACAUUGCUACCUCCCUGACAAUGACAAAGGCAGGAAGGUUUUGAAGCUGCUGAUCAUGGCCUGGGACCGCCGCCUUAUCUUCACCAUCGGGACGUCCAGCACCACGGGGGAAUCGGACACAGUGGUGUGGAACGAGAUUCACCACAAAACUGAAUUUGGCUCCAACCUGACGGGCCACGGCUACCCAGACCCCAACUAUCUGGACAAUGUCCUCACUGAGCUGGCAGCGCAAGGGGUUGGCGAGGACAACUUAAAGGAGUGAUGAGUGGGCUACAACUGCUUUGCUGAUUCGCCGUUCAUGCCAGGGAGCAUUGCAUGAUGGUCCAACAUGCCGCCCACAAACUCAGACUGUGGAAGUGGCAAAAGAGCAACCACAUGAUAUGGUUAUGAGUAAUAUUUUGAUUCAUGUAACCAGAGAUUUCCCCUGUGAGCAUGUAGUUCACACCAUAUUUAAAGGUGUAAGAAUGUACUGACAUGGUCCAAUGUUGGCAGCUGGAGGUCAGUGGAUGUUAAUUGCUUGUCGCGUUGCUUUUGUAGUGAUGAUGACGGUGCUGACUUUCUGUGUAAAAGUGGAAAGAUGUCAGAUGGCUAACGCCUCAAAAUGAAUGUUAUUCACAAUAACGUUUCCACACAGUGAUGUUGAAGGAUAUGCUGUUUUUAGGCUAAAAAUAUAGCACUGAUUUUGAGGUUAAAUGAAUAAUUUUACCCUAUUUUGCAAAUU